AUGAAGCUGCUCCUCGCCGCCACGCUGCUGACCGUUGCCCUCAGCUUCCUCCUACUCCCCGGGGCCUCACAGACAGAGAAGAAAACGGGGCCGAAAGUGACCGUCAAGGUAUAUUUUGAUACUAAGAUUGGCGAUGAGGAUGCAGGCCGCAUAGUAUUUGGUCUUUUUGGGAAGACUGUUCCGAAGACAGUUGAAAACUUUGUUGCUUUAGCAACAGGGGAGAAAGGAUUUGGCUACAAAAAUAGCAAAUUCCACCGAGUCAUCAAAGAGUUUAUGAUCCAGGGAGGGGACUUUACCCGUGGAGAUGGUACUGGUGGGAAGAGCAUCUAUGGUGACCGUUUCCCUGAUGAAAACUUCAAGCUGAAGCACUAUGGCCCAGGGUGGGUCAGUAUGGCUGAUGCCGGCAAAGACACCAAUGGAUCCCAAUUCUUUAUCACUACCGCCAAAACCAGCUGGCUCGAUGGCAAACACGUUGUGUUUGGAAAAGUCAUCGAAGGAUUUGAUGUUGCAAAAAAAAGUUGAGGCUUCAAAGACAAACAGCAGAGAUAAACC